AACGCUCCUCUGUUCACUUUGGACAAUCGAACUAUGCACUUGUCCAUUGCUGUUUCGCGUACCGAAGCUCAACAGAUACGUCAAUCCCGUCAUGCUCCCACGGCAGGCAAAAUCUCUGACGUCCAAACGGAGUUGAGUGUUGCUGGUGAAUCCAUGGCGCGGCAUCUACACCACACUGGACGAAAUUUGCAUCUGGCCCGAAUUGGCAUUAUUCGACCGGGUACUGCUGCAGCUGAAGGGUUGUCCGCCGAGGAUUUGGAACGGCGUGAGUCGUUGCUUCGGGCGAAAAAAAUCAAAUUGCAAAAUCCAAAUGUGUUCAUCUCGGACGUGCGUUUGUGCGUGCGCAAUCUUCCACUGUCUGUGACGGAUGAACAGUUGAAACAAGUGUGCCAGGAUAUUAUUGGCAAAGCCAAACACUGUCGAAUCACCGAGGCAAAUCCGUUCUGUGAUCCCCGUUGCUUCACUCUUCUCUUCCAACAGUGUCGGGUGAUGCGCAAUUUGCAGCCGGGCAGGCAACAAUUUCGCUCGCUAGGCUACGCGUUUGUCACGUUCGUGCAGCACAAACAUGCACUGAAAGUGUUGAACGAGUUGAACAAUAAUCCGGAUGUGUUUCCAAACCAGCGACGUCCAAUAGUGGAAUUCUCCCUAGAGAACAUACUGGCGCUGGAGAAGAAGAGGAGACGAGCCGAACGAUGUGCGGUAGGUGAUACUUGGAUUUUCCUUUUCCAGGUUGUGACACACAGCUUCAAGUAG